AUGAGUGCACUGAUUAUAAAUGAACCUUGCAGUCCAUUGCAGGAAAAAAAUCUACAGAUUCUCUAUAAUGUUUUUGGAUACUACAUUCAAUUCUUGCCAAGAAUAUUGGAGGAAAUUGACGCUAACAGAAGAAGUAUUGAGAUGGAACUGAAAGAACUUAUGAAGCUCUGCCAUUGGGAACGAACAGAGAUUUGCUUGUCUGUUGAAAACGCAAAAAGGACCCGGCAGAAGCUUAGGAAACUAAUACUGAAGCACACUGAUUUGCUGCAACAGCCGGUAAUGCUUGUUCUUAACCGAGAAGCAGAACAGAAAGGACAGAAAAUUCAAUCUCUGCAAUGCUCAAGGCCCUUGAAGGAUAACAAGGAUGCUGUUUCAGAUCUGACACAGUUCUAUGAAAAAGAUAGGUCUAUAUGGUUAGCUGAUUGGAGGAAAAAAGUAGCUGAUACCAUGCAGGACUUGCACUUCAAAAACACUCUGGGAUCAAGUUUUCUGGAUGAUGAAGAUGUCACAAGUAUCAACGGACAAUGCUUAGCUUCCCAUUCUUCACACCUAUUACACCAUGAACAGUGGAAUGUUUUGUGUCAUAUGGUGGAGAAGAUAUUUAAAACUACUAUGGACUGUGAUGAUUUCUGGAAUGACACCACAAAAGGUGUAGGGAAGAAAAGGGCUUUGUCUGAACUUCUAAGGUUAUUAGAAAGCAGUGGGUUGCACAAGCACAAAUUUGAAAUUAUGAAGAUAUCCAAUAGCUCCAACUGGUUGUUUGUUCAACCAUCAUACGAUGCACAGCAUUUGUUGCUGACACCAAGUAGACUAUCUUGCGGAGCUUCUGAUGUUUCUACUUCUGGUGAAUUGAAACAUUUCCCUGAUGAAGAUGUGGAUAUAAAGUGGAAAACAGCCAAUGAGUUUUACUUCAAAAGUGUAGCAUCUGUGCAGUUUAUGCAAAGGAUAUGUCUGAAACCCCACGGAGAUAUUACUUAUGAUCAGGUUAGUAGGGCAGUUUCGUUUCUUAACCAUCUCAUUGUUAUACAACAAUCACAACGUGAAGCUGCCUAUGGUUUUUCUAAGCAAUUGAUGUGCCUGCGGGAAUGUAUCUAUGCUUUUGAAAAGUCGUAUUUCAAGUGCACUGACAUUGAUAACAGAAGUAGCAGUGAGUGCUCGAUCGUACGAAACCAGCAUGUAUUCUUUCAGUGCAUGUGGAAACAAAAGCAACUUUUUGAUGGUUUAACUACUUUGCUGGCUGAGGAAUCACUGUUGCUGAGAACAGUGGAAAGCAACCAUUUGAAGUCUUGUCAAAGCAUCAGACCUGCUGCAAAUCGUGUUCUUCAAUUCAUUGAAAAAUAUAUUCCAGUUAUAACGAAAUCCAAGGCGUCAUUGGAUAACUACCUUCUUGGCCACCUUGGAGGUCUGCAAACUCUUCUACAGGAGUCAUUGGCUAAAUCUCUUCUUGGCCGUGUUGGUGCUAUAUCUGCUGGACCCUCACGCCCUUAUGUUAUUUCAAAACAAAUGGAACAGUUAGUGUAUAAAAACUUCCAAGUCAUUAAGGAGUUUGCAAAGCACUUCUUUGAUUUCCGAAAGCAAGACUGGAAUAGAAGCUUCGUCAUAGAGGCUCUGCUUGGUCAUUUUGAUGACAUAUUCAAAGAGGGUAAGUUGUUGGUCGAGCAGCUUGAGUCUGCUGUUAAGCAAAGGAGUCGGUCUACAGAUUUAUGUGGAGAGGUCGACUACAACAUCGGAAAUAACUAUCAGCUUGAAGCUGAGUUUGACAGAGCCCUCAAAAAAGCAUAUGGCCUUCUUAUGGAGGCUUUGAAAAAUCAAAGUUCCCCAGUUGAUGGAGGUGCUCUCUCUGAAGAAUCAGGGGGAAAAAAACUGGUGGAUCGUUCUGGCAGUGAAACUUCCCAUAUUUCUUCUCACAUUGGAAGGUGUUUUGAGCAUCUUCAUUUGCUUUUGGAGCUAUUACUGGGUUUCUGUGAUGGAUUACUUGAAGAUCUUUUAACCAUGCAUAAAACAGUAUCUAUAACGACCAAUGAGCUGGCAAAUGUUUUAGCUUCAUUGUUCUCCAAGGGUUUCGGCAUUUCUGUCAAGGAUGAGGUAGAUGAAGGUAGCCAUGAUACAUCUCAAACUGCAAGUGGAACUGGCAUGGGGGAAGGUUCUGGGCUUAAAGAUGUCAGUGAUCAGAUAACUGACGAAGAUCAACUUCUUGGAACUUCUGAAAAGGCAUGUACUCUGCUUAGAUGCGAAGAACAAGAUGCUUCAGGUGAAGUUCCAAAUAAGAAUGAGAAAGGUAUUGAGAUGGAGGAGGAUCUUAUGGCUGAUACAUUUAGCGUGAGUGAUGACUCUGGAGAGGAAAAUGAUGAAGAUGGUGAGGAUGAGCAACUGGAUUCUGCAAUGGGGGAAGCUGGAGCAGACAGUGAAGUCGUUGAUGAGAAACUUUGGAAUAAGGAUGAAGAUGAUAAUCCUAAUAACACAAAUGAAAAAUACGAAUCUGGCCCAUCAGUUGGGGACAAUGAUACAAGUAGCCGGGAGCUUAGGGCCAAGGACGAUUCUGCUGCUAUUGCUGAUGAUGAACCUGGAGAACCUGAUAAAAAAAAUAAUGAUGUUGGAAGCCAGGACGACCUUGAUGAGAGAGAAGAGAGUACAGAUGACAUGAAUAUGGAUAAGGACGCAGCAUUUACUGAUCCAACUGGAUUAAAGCUUGAUGAAUCAAAUCAAGGUGCUGAAGAGGAUAUGGAUACGGAUAAGGACAUGAAUGAAGAAGAUGGCUUGGAUUCGAGGGAAGAAUUAAGUCCAGAAGACGGUGAUGAGUCCGCUGAGCAUGGAAACUUCGAGGAGGACAAUGCAAAUCCUGAUGACGAAACUAUGGAAGAACCAGAUACUGAACCAGUUGAUGGAACUUCAGUAAAUGAUGAACCAGGGAGGGAUAGAGAAGAAAGAUCUGAGAUCAACACAACAGAACCAAGAAAAGAUGAAUUUGAACUUGGAAUUUCUGAUCUAAAUAGCGAUCAUGCGCAUGGUGUGGAAUCUGCAACACAACCAAAUAGUGUCUCCCAGGCAUCUGAUUCAAAAAAUGUGACAGUGGAAGCAAACAUGUCUAACACAAGUGAAGCUCAUAAUGACCUUGCUCUCAGAAGCUUACCUUCUGGUAAUACCUCUGAGAUGGAUUUGAUGGUGUCUGAUUCAUCAAACAGUGGAGGAUUUAAUAAUGAUCAACAGCAAGCUCAGUUCCCUGAGAGGGAAUUAUCAUCUGAUCAGAGAACCCAACCAAACCCUUACAGAAAUGUUGGGGAUGCGCUUGAGGAGUGGAAGGAAAGAGUCAAAGUAUCUGUUGACCUUCCGGCAGACACCACUGAGGAGUCAGGUGAGAUAGAGGACAAGAAUGCCAAUGACUAUGGCUUCGUCCCUGAGUUUGAAAAGGGAACAGAUCAGGCAUUGGGACCUGCCACCUCUGAGCAGAUUGAGUCCAAUGUCAAUGUAAAUAAGAGUGAUGAAGAUAGUCUCGCUGCCCAAAGAGGUGAAGCCACCAAGAUGGAUGUUGAGAAGAGAGAUUCUGAAGAAUGGCAUAAAAAAUAUUCUGCCUCAAUCCUCAAAAAUAAGAUGGAAGAGCAGUUGCAGAUCUCGGAUGUUGAGAACUUAGCGAAGGAGGGAUACCCUGAAGUUCAGGGUCAUGAUGAUGGUGAUCCAGAAAAUCUGUCUGAGAGUGUGAUCUCUGUCAAGAAGCCUUAUUUGAGUGAGGAAAUAUAUCAGCUGGACAAUCUUUCUGUAGAUGACAAUGAGUUGGGAAAAGCCCAGGGUCCUGAAGAUGUUCCCCUUGACGUCAAAAGUAGUGCUGCUGCCCUUUGGAGCAGAUACGAGUUGCGCACAACAAGGUUGUCCCAGGAGUUGGCUGAACAGUUACGCCUUGUUCUGGAACCUACUAUAGCCAGUAAACUUCAAGGAGAUUAUAAGAGUGGCAAACGGAUUAACAUGAAGAAGGUAAUUCCUUACAUAGCAAGUCACUACCGGAAAGAUAAAAUAUGGUUGAGACGAACUCGGCCUAACAAACGUGAUUACCAAGUUGUCAUUGCUGUGGAUGAUUCUCGUAGUAUGUCUGAGAGUAGUUGUGGGGAUGUCGCAGUUGAAGCUUUAGUGACAGUAUGUCGUGCCAUGUCUCAACUGGAAAUGGGAAACAUGGCUGUUGCGAGUUUUGGAAAGAAGGGAAAUAUAAGAUCCCUGCAUGAUUUUGAUCAGCCCUUCACUGGGGAAGCUGGGAGAAAGAUCAUCUCCAGUUUGACAUUUAGGCAAGAGAAUACCAUUGCCGAUGAACCUGUUGUUGAUCUGUUAAAGUAUCUAAGCAACAUGCUGGAUGCUGCAGUUGCAAAAGCACGACUUCCUUCUGGACAGAACCCGCUGCAACAGCUUGUCUUGAUUAUUGCAGAUGGUCGCUUCCAUGAAAAGGAGAAAUUGAAGCGUUGUGUGAGGGACUUCUUAAGUCGGAAGCGAAUGGUGGCAUUUCUUGUGCUGGACAGCCCGCAGGAAUCUAUCAUGGACCAGAUGGAAGCAUCAUUUGUGGGUGAAGGUGAAAAAAGAGCACUCAAAUUUACAAAAUACCUGGAUUCUUUUCCCUUUCCAUAUUAUAUUGUACUGAAGAACAUCGAAGCUCUUCCAAGGACCCUUGCCGAUUUAUUAAGACAGUUUUGGAAGCCAAUAGAAAUGGCUCUGGUCAAAACAGACCGACCCAUAGUACUCUCGACCUCAACUAGUGAUACAUGCUGA